UCUGGCUUUAGUGGACGGUGUUGAGAGUUAAAAGGCACCGUGUGGUAGAGUUCUCCUUUUGACCAUUACACAGCUCGGUGGCUAUGCAGAGAGGGCUCUUUAGGCCCAGACGUACACUGCCCGCCUGUCUUCAGCACACAGCCCUGUUUCCCCCUCUACUCUGGGUGUAACCUGCAGGCAUUGUUUCUGGAGCAGAGUCCUCCCCCUUGUGCAACAAAUGUCUUACCUUACCCGCCCUUCCUCACAGCUUAGCUUUGACUCCUAUGUAAACAGUUGAUUUCCUGAAGACCAAAGCAAAACCAGGGGCCAUUCCAGUCUUGUCUUGCAAAGGAAGGGCUGCAGCUGGCUGGGCGGAGUGCUUGCAGCUUCCUCGCACAAUUCUCAGGGCAAGGAACCGAUUGGUCUUUGUUAUGCUGAAUGGGUGUGUGAAUAAAUCUUGGGGGAGUAGCCCAUGAUUACGUAGGAGAGGAAGGAUAAUCUAGCGGAUGGAGCUGUGUGUUGGGCUCAAGAGACUGGGGAUCAGCAUGGGCACGUGCUCCCUGUGUGACCUUGGGCAAGUCACUUAGUCUAUCCUGGAUCUUUCCGUCCCCUGUCUGUUAAAUGGGGCAUCACAAGGAUUACAUCCAUUCACAGUUUUAAGGUGCACUGGUACCAGGGUAUGAUGGCCAUAUAAUAUCUAGAUGGAAAGUAGGAGAGCCCUGGAGUGGGUGAAGACAGUACUCUGCCAUCACCAGCAGCCAUGCAAGUGUCCUACUUCACCAGCUAUGUUCCCCUGUUUAAAUUCUCCUUUGCCUUGUAGUAAGAGCCAUAAUGUAACAAACUUGUUGAUGCAAAGAGCAGAAGGGGGUGUCAGCCCUUUCUGCUCCUCACUGUUUAUAAAGAUGGCUGGAAAGGUGUGUGUUUAAAAAAAGUCUCAACUCUUAGAAAUAUCAGGAAUGUCAAGUCUAGCCUUCAUCUCUUUGAAGGAAGCUCUGUUGAGUGACUCUCAGAUGUGCAGAAAGCUAUCCCAGCCUAGGAUAGAAGGGAUGAGUGGAGUUGAUGCUUUCUUUUAGGUGUUAAUUGCAACAAAGUUAAACAGUCUCAAUUAAAAUCGCUUCCUUGAUUAACCAGCUUUCACUUCGUUGGUAUGAGGGACAUUACAGGAAUUGCUAGACUGGAUCAGAUCAUCUGGUCCAGGAACUUGGAUCCAACAAUAGCUAGUAGCAGUAGUUUCAGAGGAAGGUGCAGGAGGUAGUGGAGGGAUAACCUGCCCCCAAGGAAGUCUGUCCCUAACCCCAAUUAGUUAGAGGUUGGUUUAUGCCCUGAAACCUGUUUGGAUCCUUCUAGAUCUCAGGGUUUUUUAAUCCAUGUUAUUAUAAAAGUGUACUCUUGUUAUCCAUCUCCAAUCUUCUUUUGAUUCCUGACAAUCUUGCUAGUUCUCCAGCUGUCCAGAGUCUCCUAGGGUAGACAAGCAAUUGCAAUCUUGGGUAUCGACAACAAGAUGACUAUUAAUGUUUUUUUGGGGAGGUGAGGGAAGAGUCAACUUUCAGACCUUUCUUCCUAAGAAGUGUAAAUAAGGCAGAAGCCCCUUUUCCCCAUUUGCCUUGAAUAUAUGGGUACACAGAUACACAGAUGAUGAUGCAUUGUUCCCUUAAAACAAGGGACUUCUGUAAGUCUUAAGGCCGGAGAGUCAACAUUUUCUCUCCCACAUCGGUUCACCCAACUAGAAAAAUGAAGGUCCAUGAUCAGUACUGAAUGAAAUUCCUUUCGCAUCCUUGGGUACAUGUCGGUAUAAAGCAGCAGAAAGUGGAAGAUCACUUGGCUAGCUGCGAUGCGCAUGCCCGUUGAUAAGGUUCCCUAAAGGUCUAUUGAUUGAGCUUCUGUAGCAGCACAUUUGCUGCUUGGCUGGAGUCUGAAAAGUUUUCAAAGCAGGAUGGGGCAGGCUUAUAGAGUUCCAUAGUUCCUAGGAUUGCUGGAGGUCAUGCUCGGGUCACAGCUGCACCCAAGGUUGACCUAUGGCUUCCCCGAAUUACCUGUGGAACACAAGAUGGCGCAGGAUAGAGCGGGCCUGGCUUUCAGCUCAGGUUUGCUGCCUAUUCAGCCACUAUAGACACAUCCUUGUACCAGUAAUUCUGAUAUGGAGAAGCGUGUGUGUCGGGGGGGAGAAACCAACAGCGUUAGCUGCCUUCUGCAAUGGCAGUUUGCCAUGGCUGGGCUCUGACUGCCAAGUGGUUGUGGGGGCAUUGGGCUUCAUACAGGUCCUGGGGAGGAAGGCAGCAAGGAACCUGCUUUCCCGUCUUGGCCAUAAUCUCUGACAUGGGGCUGGGAAAAUAUACAGUAUCCCGGCUUCUGUAACAGCCAGCAUAUGUCUUCAUAUGUGUCUCCCCACCUCAAGGCGGCUGCGGAGUUCACCUGAGGUGGCUGGGUGGCGCCAGUGUGUUUAAUUGUUUUCACAUGUUUGAGCAAAGCCACUUAGUGAGAGCAAGGUGCGGAAGCGCUUGGUGGAGGUGCUGAGGCAGGGAAGGGGAUGGUUCACUGAGCCCAGCUUGCUGUCCUGUUUAAAUCACUUUACAAAGGCAGUAACCUAGCAGCGCACGGUGCAGUUGCAGUCUUUAGCGUACACUGUGUAGCAAGUUAUGUGCUGCUCUCCCAGCCACGUCUGCUUGCAGUGGCGUCUGAGUCUCUCAUGUUAAUAUUGUGACAUCGCAGACACACGGUCUAGUUAGUCCUUGUCUAGCGUGGAGUGCUGGCCCAGUCUGUGCUGUCUAAACUGUGAAGAAAUGCUUUAGGUGAAGUGUGUCCCAGCCAGUGCAUGGAAAAGCCCAGUCUAUGCCACCACUUCAUGGAUUGCAGCUAGCACCUAGUGUGACUGGAUUCAUGCUGGGAGAUUGUCAAAUGUGGAUAUGUUUCAAUAACUUUGGACAGAGCCAACUUCACAGGGGUCUGGUAGGAGAAGGCUCUCUGAUGCCCUGAAUUCAGACUUCAUUUCACCCACUGGAUGCUGUUGGCCCUAAGCAGGUCUUCCCUUUGCAUGGUAGCAUCUCCUGUGCAGUGACAAUGGGUACGGAACGGGACUAAACAGGAUGGUGCUGGGUUUCCAGCAUGGUUGGGCAUAUCCAAUGGAAGCUCCACAGUGUUUCUCCUCUUAUUUGGUAGGAAAGUUGUGGUGGGACAAAUGAAAAGUGGGCUACUUAACCUCCUCUGCCCUUGCCCAAGCUAAAUGAAGUUGUUUGUCUGACCUACUUACAGACACAGCGGUAAGUGGGGACGAAACCUGGGACCAAAAUUAUAGGCCUAUCACGUGAGCCAAAGAAGUAACUUCACUAGCUGUGCAUCGGCAGCAGGCUGUUAUAGUACUGUGGGCCACGUCUAGCAGGAGUCAUGAAUGAACUGAACCAGUGUGUUACGGUCCCAUCAAAGUGAAUGUCUGGGGUGGACGCUUCAGGUCAAAGCUUGGUUCUGUGGUUGGUGUCUAUUUUCGUGUGUGGCAGCAGGGGGAGGGAUUGUCGCUCCUCCGCUCUUAGUCAUGUUUCGUCCAUCUCUUAUCGGUGCUGGUGUAGACGGUGAUGUGUCCUCUCUCCUACAGAACUUUGAAGUGGAGGCUGAUGACUUGGUGACCAUUUCGGAGCUGGGCCGUGGGGCCUAUGGAGUGGUGGAGAAAGUACGGCACGCGCAGAGUGGCACCAUCAUGGCUGUCAAGAGAAUCCGAGCGACUGUGAACACUCAAGAGCAGAAGAGGUUACUGAUGGACUUGGACAUCUCCAUGAGGACAGUAGACUGCUUCUAUACAGUCACCUUCUAUGGAGCCCUCUUCCGAGAGGGCGAUGUGUGGAUCUGCAUGGAGCUGAUGGACACCUCUCUGGAUAAAUUCUAUAAGAAGGUGCUGGAAAAGAAGAAGACGAUCCCUGAGGAUAUCCUCGGGAAGAUCGCUGUGUCUAUUGUGCGAGCACUGGAGCAUUUGCACAGUAAACUGUCAGUGAUUCACAGAGAUGUGAAGCCUUCCAACGUUCUCAUUAAUAAGGAGGGCCACGUGAAAAUGUGUGACUUUGGAAUCAGUGGCUACUUGGUGGACUCCGUUGCUAAGACCAUGGAUGCUGGCUGUAAACCCUACAUGGCUCCCGAGAGAAUAAACCCGGAACUGAACCAGAAGGGCUACAACGUGAAGUCCGAUGUGUGGAGUCUUGGAAUCACAAUGAUUGAGAUGGCCAUUCUCCGCUUCCCCUACGAGUCCUGGGGCACCCCCUUCCAGCAACUCAAGCAAGUAGUAGAGGAGCCUUCGCCCCAGCUUCCUGCUGAUCGCUUCUCAAAGGAGUUUGUGGACUUCACAGCACAGUGCUUAAGGAAGAACCCUGCAGAACGAAUGAACUAUUUAGAACUUAUGGAACAUCCUUUCUUCACCUUGCACAACAACAAAGAGACUGACAUGGUCUCCUUUGUGACAGAGAUCCUCGGGGAAGAUGCCUAACUCACCAGCCUCACUGCCACGUACAGUCACUUCAACCCAACGCCCUGGCUUCCCUGCACAAGAGAGGAGGCAGACUCAUGUUCACAGUGGUUUGCACAAAUUGCAUCUCCCCAGCCUGUGUGCGUCUCCAAGCCAGCCGGGCGCGGGGGCACUCUGGUUUUUAUCACCUGUACGCUGAAAGUUACACAGGAAGGACCUUGUGGAAAUGGACACACACAGUAGUCAGUGCCGUUACUGACUAAACCAUGGGAUGGAGGGGGCUCGGGAGAUGACCUGCUGGUGCCAGACAUAACUCCUCAGUUGUGUCAGGGGAACCAGACUCCUGUGUAUCUGAGCUGAGGAAUCUGCUAUUCCUGAGGAUGGGGCGGGGGGAGUGUGAAAGUGCCCUCCCCCAAUACCAUUCUGGUGUGGCAGUGAAGAGUCCAGAGAGUAUUUGCACUCGCUCCCUCCAUUGUGCAGCAGAGUCGAGAGAUUCUUCUGGCACUCUCUAAUCUCCUGUACCUGCCUCUCCGGGGGUUGGGGGGUGUCUCUUCCUGAGCCACCAGGGGCCUGAGGGUGCACAGGCUGCCUCUAUCAGAGUUCAGUCUUCUUCUUCUGCCUUCCCUCAAGCCCUGCCCUCCCCACCCGGUACCCUGGCUGCGGGGAUCCCACAGGGCUGUGUUCAGAAAGGGGUCUGUGGAAAUCUGUGCACAACUGCAGUGUGCUGCUUGUGGAAGAGGUGGCGGGGGGUGUCAUGGCUCCAGGAUCAGAGUCGGGGGGUGUCAUGGCUCCACGGCUGAGGUGCCCCUCCCUUCCCAGAGCCCUCUUGAGGCAAACCCACAAACAGGUCAGGCAGGUCUCCCGAGACUGUUACAGUAGAACCCCCUGUUCCCCCUCAAAAGCCUGUUCAAACAGUCCCAGCUUGUUCUAAGCUCCUGAACCCACGCUCCCUGGGCAGCUGCGUUCCCGCCUCGGAUCAGUGACCCACUUCCCCACUCACACCGGCCAGUGGACCCCUGGCCAAACAGACAUAGGCCCAUGAUAUUUGGGGAGAGGAUUCCAUGUGCAGCCCUUCCCUGCCUCUUCCCCCCCCCCCAUAGACUGGGCUGGGAUUGGCUAGGCAGUUAGGCGGCCAACUCCCAUUGGUAGUCAGUGAGUUAGGUGCCGAAAUCUCACCCUCAGUGAUGUUUCAGAUGUUCAGAGGCUAUGACUUGCCCCCCUUCCCCUCUGCCCCCUGGGGCUGGGCCCUCCCACCUGGAGCUCAAGAACUGACCCAGCACUGUGACUCUUGUUCAUUUCUGAGGUUGCUUUAAUACCUAUUCGGUCCCGUGUUAACCAAAAAAACCAAAAACAAAACCACCUUUGUAAAGCCAAUGAUGUGUCGAGGUGGUGGUGGUAAUUGUACAUUUGAUGUGUAUAUAUAAUGGACUUUGUAACUCAUUUCCUAGUUUUAAUUGAACUAGCUAUAAAUUAAACCCUUUCCUUGUGGGAGGAGGGGGCCUCCCCCUUCCUUAACAAAUCCACUGUGAAAACUAGAUGAUGGGUCCCCCCUCCCGCAGCCAUAGAGGCCUUUGAAUGGGCCAGGGAACGGAGGAGUUAUCUGACUUCUGCUGUAUGUGAUCACAGAAUGCACAUGCCAUAUGUGGAUGAUGUUUUUAAAAUGGAAUGAGUUUUCUGAUUUUUUUCCUUUCUAAUACGUGUGUGUGUGU